AGCACUCUUUCAUUGUGUGUCAGUGUCAAUGGCACUCGCAAAUUCAGCUGAACAAGAGCAGCAAAUAUCUGACUCUCUCAUCAACUUCAAGUGUGGGAUUGGCAACAACGAGCCUUUGCUGAGCUUUGAGCCACAAGGGGUUUGUCAAUUAGACACUCACAAUUGGGAUCAAUUGCGUGCCAUGGAGGAUCCCAGCCCUCCAAGACAUCACGGAGAUCAUAGCCCUCUUUAUGGGUGCCUUUCUUAUGCCAUUCAAGACCCUGAAGCAGCUCAGGACAUAACUGGAAAUCACAAGCGAGCCCAUACGACGGGAAAUAGCAGUGAGGGUGUUUGUAAGAAGCAAUGUAAAUCAUCAACAGCCAAGGAUCCACAGAGCAUUGCAGCCAAGAAUCGACGAGAGAGGAUUAGUGAGAGGCUGAAGAUACUCCAAGAAUUGGUUCCUAAUGGCUCCAAGGUUGAUUUGGUAACCAUGUUGGAGAAAGCCAUUAGUUAUGUCAAGUUUCUUCAACGUGUCAAGAUCCUAGCGGCCGACGAAUUUUGGCCCGUUCAAGGAGGGAAAGCUCCAGAUAUUUCACAAGUUAGGGAAGCCAUUGAUGCCAUUCUUUCAUCACAAAGAGAAAGAAGCUGAAGCUCAAGUAGUCAAAAGUGAUGGUGUUUUUGGCCUCCGCGUAGACCGACAUUACUCAAAUGAGCUAGCAACUGAAAUGUAUGCAUAUCAGAAUGCACGCCCAAUGCCUUAUCAGGGCCAAUGUGCUUUAAUCUUUUGAAGAACAUCAACGCCUCAUGCAGGCUGCAGCCCAUUUGGGUCCUUCACCAAUACACACACAAAGGAAUCAGCCCAUUUUCAAUCUACAAACUUGCUCCAAUCCAAACCCCUUUUUUGUUACUCUUUUAUUUGCUUCCAAUCAUCCUACCUUAGAUUCAAUCUUUUUGUUAGGUAGAAUUUGAAUUAAUGUAACCGUCCAAGUUCAUUGCUAGUUGAUAUUGUUUUCUUUUGGGCUUUCUCUUCCAAACUUCUUAGAAGUUUCCACACUCCCUUUCCAACAGACGAGGGAUCUCACAAUCCACCCCCUUAAUGGCCCAACAUCGUGGCUGACACACCACCCUCUAAUACCAUUGUAACAGCCCAAGCCCACCACGGCUAAUAGAUGUGUUCUCUUUGAACUCCAA